AUGAAUCCGGUAACCAUCUCCAUAUAUCCCAAUCCUGCCAGCGAUGCGAUUACAGUUGCACUCGACCGUCAGCCGGGCAAUGCCUCCAGGCUCAGCGUAUUCAGUAUAGAUGGCCGAUUGGUGAAGGACCUGGUACCCGCGUUAAAGACCGAGAUAGAUGUGCGGCAAAUGCAGCCUGGUAUCUAUAUGGUGCGGUACACCGAUAACGAGCAAAUCAGGAUUACACGUUUCACGAAACAAUAG